UUUAGCACUUCUAAGAAAACCAUCUUUUCCCUAACUUUUUGGAAUCAUUUUGUAGAAAAAUGGCAAAGGAAGUGAAGCUCCUUGGAGCAUGGCCGAGCCCCUACGUACUUAGAGUACAAAUUGCUCUAGAACUCAAGGGGGUGAGCUACGAGUAUUCGGAGCAACAACUUUGGGAAAAUAAGAGUGAGCUCCUCCUCAGAUCCAACCCAGUGAACAAGAAGGUGCCAGUUUUGAUCCACAAGGAACAGCCCAUUUGGGAGUCCGCGAUCAUCCUCCAAUACAUCGACGAAGUUUGGGGUGCUGGUGGACCUGCUAUUCUCCCCUCUGAUCCCUACGAGCGGGCGAUUGCCUGCUUUUGGGCCAGUUACAUUGAUGAUAAGUGGGGCCCAAGUUCAAUUGGGAUCUUAAGAGGUAAAACAGACGAGGAGAGAGCUGCUGCAGCAGAACAAGCCUUUUCAGGACUCGAGCUUUUGGAGGAAGCUUACGAGAAGAGCUUCAAAGGGAAGCGCUUUUUUGGCGGCGACAACGUGGGCUACCUCGACAUCGUUCUCGGGUGUUUCUUGGGCUGGAUCGAGGUGGUAGACAUAAUGUUCAGCGUCAAACUCUUCAACAAUGCGAAGUUUCCGCUCUUGGCGGGGUGGGCGGAGCGCUUUCGUGCCGCAGCGGAGGUGAAGAAGCUGAUGCCAGAAGCCAAGAAGCUGAUGGAGUUUGCAAAAGCAGCUCAAGCCAGGAUGACUGCUGCUGCGGCCAACUGAUUUGCAUUCAAUGUUUGGUACGUAGUUGGAGUGGAAGUGGUGGAGAUACGGGAGAGUGUUACGUACGUAGUUUGGGAAAUUGAAUAAACUCUUUUAGUGAGUUCGAUUAUCACGUUUCGUUGUAAUAAAGAUGGAUUAUUAAUUGAUUCCAGGGCAUGUGUGUUAAUUGUGGCAGCAUGCGUUUGUGUAAUCUUCUAAUCUUUUGACAUGUAUUUCCGUGAUUUUUUUUUUUUAUAU